GCGAUAACCGUUCCGUCGUUUUUUUUUGUGUGUUUUGCACGUCUCUAAACAUGUCACACUAAAUCUAAGCAUUUUCAUGACGUACAGUCGCCAACGUUUGGUCGCUUAUCUAGGUGAAAUGUGUGGUGUGUACCCCGUCCAUUGCCGCAAAUCACGACACGGCAACCGGUCAAGAGGAGCCGUCUAUUCUCUGUGUGUGCGUGCGCCACCAGGUCGCGUACUUCUUUGAAACAAUUUAUUUUAGAUCCGCAGACCAGACAGAACGUGCUGGGCAAAAGCAAGCGCCGACAAGCUCCGUCGUCGUUGUGUAGCUGAUAAUUUGUGUGCCGAACAGUGAGAGGUGUGUCUGUUUUUAGCAAAAUGGCUCUUCUGCGACUUGUUGCUACCGAGUGCCGCAAUGUACUGCAGCGUGGCUACAGCACAGCCUCUGUGCCGACCACGAAGAUGUUCAUCGAUGGCAAGUUCGUCGAGUCCAAGACGAACGAUUGGAUCGAUCUGCACGAUCCGGCCACGAACGAGGUGGUAACGCGCGUCCCCAAGUGCACUCAGGACGAAAUGCAAAGCGCAGUAGAAUCGUCCAAGAAGGCGUUCAAGACCUGGCGCCAGUCAUCCAUCCUGAGCAGACAACAGGUAAUGUUCAAGCUGCAGCACAUUAUCCGCAACAACAUGUCGGAGCUGGCGAAAAACAUCACCAAGGAGCAGGGCAAGACACUGAUCGAUGCCGAGGGCGACGUUCUGCGUGGACUGCAGGUGGUCGAGCACUGCUGCAGCAUCACGUCCCUGCAGAUGGGUGAAACCGUGAACAACAUUGCGAAGGACAUGGACACGUACUCGUACACCCUGCCGCUCGGUGUGACGGCUGGCAUUGCUCCGUUCAACUUCCCGGCCAUGAUUCCGCUGUGGAUGUUCCCGGUGGCGAUCACGUGCGGCAACACGAGCAUCAUCAAGCCAUCGGAACGUGUCCCCGGCGCGACGAUGCUGCUGAUGGAGAUGCUGAACGAGGCGGGCUGCCCGCCCGGUGUGGUGAACGUGAUCCACGGCGCCCACGAUUCGGUCAACUUUAUCUGCGACAAUCCGGACAUUCGGGCCGUGUCGUUCGUCGGUUCCGAUCAGGCCGGCAAGUACAUUUACGAGCGAGCCGGGCGCAAUGGCAAGCGCGUACAGGCCAACAUGGGUGCCAAGAACCACGGUGUCAUUAUGGCUGACGCGAACAAGGAAAACACGCUGAAUCAGCUGGCUGGUGCCGCGUUCGGGGCUGCCGGACAGCGUUGCAUGGCCCUGUCGACCGCCGUGUUUGUUGGCGAGGCACGGAACUGGAUUCCCGACCUGGUGGACCGCGCCCGCAAGCUGAAGGUUAACGCUGGCCACGUACCCGGAACGGAUCUGGGCCCGGUCAUCUCGCCACAGUCGAAGCAGCGCAUCCACGAGCUGGUCGAGUCGGGUGUGAAGGAAGGCGCCAAGAUCGUGCUGGAUGGGCGCGACAUUAAGGUGGAAAAGUUCGAGAAGGGUAACUUUGUCGGACCGACCAUCAUUAGCGACGUGAAGCCAAACAUGAAGUGCUACACGGAGGAAAUCUUUGGCCCGGUGCUGGUGUGCCUGUCGGUCGACACGAUCGACGAGGCGAUCGAGCUGAUCAACGGCAACCCGUACGGCAAUGGAACGGCCAUCUUCACCACGAACGGUGCCACGGCACGGAAGUUCGUCAACGAGAUCGAUGUGGGACAGGUCGGUGUGAACGUGCCGAUUCCGGUGCCGCUGCCCAUGUUCUCGUUCACCGGCAGCCGGGGCAGCUUCCUGGGCGAUUGCCAUUUCUACGGCAAGCAGGGCAUCAAGUUCUACACGCAGACGAAAACGGUCACGCAGCUGUGGCGUGAGGGCGAUGUGAGCCACACCAAGGCGGCCGUUGCCAUGCCAACGAUGAAGUAAGCAGCUCGCACGUGUGAACGUGUAAGUGAGUGUGCGUGUUUCUGAGUGUUUUGUGCCAUUGCCAGAGCUACGGAACAAUGAACACACUGGCCCGAUAACGACAGCGACAACGAACGUCUUCCAGAUAAAGUGCAUUUAAAAUGAUUAGUUUUUAUAAAACAAAUCGAACUAGUGGAAUAAAGAUGCCUAUAUAAUGCUUUGCUCGUAAAA